UUAUAGCUUUUGCAUGUUUAGAUUUGAAUGGUUUCCUUGCUACUGCAACAUCUGUCGGUUCGUAAAAAACUAAAAAAAAUCAAGUUAGUAGACUAUUAUCGUCAAGACCACAUAGAAAUACGUUUAGUUUGGUUGCGCUGCCAACAAGAUAUAAGGCAUUGGUUGAAACGGAUAAAAAUGUAAACAGAAACAUAGAUGGAAAUUGUCAUUAGAUGUAGAAAAGUGGCAUACAAAAAUGGCGAUGAAAUCAAAAACUGGUAUUUGUGCUAUAAUUUUAACAACAAUAGCAUGCAUUUUUGUUGUUAUUUCUUUCUGUACACCUUAUUGGUUAGUGAAUGAUGGUCAAAUUGAAGAUCCCAAGUUUAUACGCAUUGGACUAUGGGAAGUUUGCUUCAGAAACUUUGAGGACUUUAGACAUCAUUAUGAUUAUCGUUUUACUGGAUGUUGGUGGGUUUUCGAAGAAGAAUAUUACAUAAUAUUUGACUUCCUUCUCCCUGGCUUCUUCAUAGCAACUCAGUUUUUCUUUACUCUUUGUCAAACUCUGGUUUUGGUUGGUGCCUUUUUAACAUGGAUGUACUGUUUUUGCAGUAGAGAUCAUGACAAGUACCUGCUCUUAUUGCUUAGCAAUGGAUCAAUAUUAAUAUUAGCAGGAUUCUGUGGAUUUAUUUCUGUAUCGAUAUUUGGAGCUAAUGGCGAUAAUAGAGAUUGGAUGCCACACUGGCAACAUAAUGACUUAAGUUGGUCUUUUGCAUUUGGUUGCAUUGGAUCCCUCUUAUUAAUUCCUUCAGGUGCCUUAUUUUUGGUUGAAGCUAGAAAGGCUAGGUAUAGAAGAUUUGGUGGUAGUUCAAGAACUCCUCCUGCUCAAUAUACAAUGGAUCCUUACAAGCCAACUGCUCCACAUCAUACUGAUAUUUAAGUAUUUAAGUUAAGUGAUUAAAAAUGAAUCUCAUGUUUUAUGCAGUAAUAUUGCCAUACAUUUAAGAGCAACUCUAGAACUUUUACUUAUAUUGAGAGGCAUGGCUUUAAUAGACAAUAUAGUAGUUUGUUAAAGUUGAAAUUUUUCAAAAUACAAAAGAAUUUUAGUUAAUAUAUCUGCAUAAAAUUAAUGAUCUAUAUUUUCCCUAAUUUUUAAAAUAUAAGAUUGAAAAUGUUUUCAGUGAUUUACAAAUACACUAAUUUCUUGGAGCAGCUGUUGCCAGUCUGAUGGUAUGUUGCAUUAUUGUGCAAAUAAAAUUAACAAGUUUACAAUUAUCUGAUAGGAACUUACAAUUUGUUGGUAAAACUUCUAGUCUAAGAUGUAAGUUAAUAUAAAUGUUAAUUUAAUAAUUUGGGCAUUUAGAGAAUGUAAUAUAUAUAUACAAGUAAUUAAAUUGCUUGGCGAAACUGCUUUUUCCAAUAAAUUGGUGCUUGUUUAUUUCUUAUUAUGGUUCAGAAUACUUCUGAAGAGAAAUAUUUUUAUUUUGGCGACUUUCGUUUUUGUUUAAUUAUAUAAUAAACCUAUUUAUAUAGUGCAUUUUAUAAAAAUGUAGACAAUUUACCAAAUCUAACAUAACUUAUUCUAAAACUUUUAAAGUUUGAAGCUUUUAUAAUCUGGUUUUACACUGUUUAAUAUAUAUUUACAGCGAAAUAGGGUGUUAGCUACAUUUUUUAACAAUUUAAUUUUAUUCUUGUAGCUGCUACUAACUUAUGAAAAACAUACAUUUACACAACAAAUAUGUCAAAUGUCUUUGGUGGCUUCAGUACCUAUUCUUUAGGGUUGGAACUUUUUCAAAAAUAUGCUAAUGUUUCAAAGAGCUGAAGUUUUUCUUAUGAAUUGCUAGUACAUAUACCACUGCUCUCAAAAGCACUUCAAAACAAAAUACACAUUACUACAGUGUCAUUUGUACUCUAAUAUUAUUAGGAAAUGAUUAACUAUUAUACUCCGCAUGCAAGUGUGUAAUUAAUUUUGAAAUAUAUUGCAAGACCUCAUUUGCCGGUGAACUGAUGACCAUAAAAACGCUAACAGGAAACUAAAUUUCACAAAGUGCAGUGACUUUUGAAUAAAUAUUUAAAAAUACUGCAAAACACAUUUAGAGAAUAUUUUUUUGUUAUUCACGCACAUCUGGCCAAAAACAUAUUCCAUUUAAUUGAAAAUGAGUUUAUAGUUAACUUCUUUAUUUUGACAUGAUACUGUUUUUGGGAAAGAUGAAACAACUCAAAAUAUAACAUAUAUAAUCUCUUCAAAAAAACUCGUUUGGCGGGAUCCAAUAUGUUGAUAAACACACCUUAGAAAUGGAUGUACUUGCGAGAUGUUAAUAAUCCUUGCAAAGAAAACAAGGCAGAUAAGGUUUUUAUGUGAGUGAAAAAACCAUUAACAAAAGAAGCUCAAAAUAAAAACCUAUACAAGUGUAAAUAAUUAUUUGAUGAUUCCUAAGAAGAUAAUGGAUGUACCAUAUUUCACAUCAAAAUUAAAAUUGAACUGCAAUCAAAAUAUCUAUGUUGCAUAUCAUCCUACAAUUACCCGCACAUUAGAAAAAGUUUUGCUUCUGCAAUGGACAACAAUAAUGUACCAGAGUUUACUUUUAAUGCACAUAUGAUGCAUGUAAACAUAGUAUAAACCAAAAAAAAGUCUCCUUAUAGGUAUUUUCAUGCUUUUUGAAGUAAAGAUGUUAGAUGGCAGACAAUAGUAGACAAUGUACAUUAUCUGACAAUUUGUGCUGUAAAAUAUAAAUGUUUUUGAUACUUCUAAUCUUGAUCUUGCACUUUAUGAUGUAAAAGUUCUAUUUAGCCUGUACUCAAAAGCAAGCUGAAAAUUUUUUGUAAUAACUAAAACACUGAUAAAUGUAUUUAUGUGUUACUUAAUGUUUACAUACCAAAAGCACUGCCAGAUAUUUUUCAUUAAUAUUGACUAUAUUAAUGAAUAUAUUGUUUAAAAAUACUUAUUUUUACGCGCACAUUUAAAGUGUUUUUUGUUAAAAUAUUUUAGUUAAAUUCGUAUUGCACAAUGUAUAUAGCCAUUACCCAAAAACGUUCAAUUAAUCCAGUAACAAUGUGAAACGAAUCUAGGUCAUUGUUGCUUUUAGUACUUGUGAGAAAAUGAUAUUGUACGUACACAAAUAUUUCUUCCAAAUCCCAAAUUCAACUUAAUAUACAUGUAAAAUUCAACAUUUCUCCAAUAUUUCCAUUUUUCGGUAAUUCAAAUAUUAAAGUUUCAACUCUUUAAUAAUCUCGUAUACUAUUUCAUAAUCUCUAUAGAAAUCAUCAUUGAUUUUUUCAAUAAUAGAAAUAUAUAUGGUUCAUAACUUCUCUAAAGACCAUCUAGCAGUCAAAAUACUGAAAUUUCAAUACUUCAAUAAUUAUCUGCUAGUGUUCAAAAGUAUUUGUCCACCAAAGGCAAUUGUUUACAAGCAAUUUUGUACAUAUUUUAAAAAUAGCAUGCUAUAUUUUACUCACAAACUAAUAGGUUCAAGUCCGGAAACUACAUAGGUCAUUACACAUUUUUUGUAACGUACUGUUGUUUUUCUUUAAAAAAAUUCGAAUUAUAAUAAAUAUUGAAAGCAGAUGAUCUUCUCGAUUGUCGUUUUUACUUAAAACGCAUAGAUAUAUUAAAAGUACAACUUUUCCGAUGUCCUGAUUGUUUAGUUUAAUGUUAUGCCUUAGUUGCUUACUCUUUUGUGAACAGCUGAAUCUCGGAUUUUUGCCCGAUUGUUUUAUAUAAGUUUUUUUGCAUCUUUGAGAAUAGCGAUUUUCCGUCCAAUUUUUUAUGUAUUUUAGAAAGUAUUAUGUUUAUUAUUGAUUCAACAGCAGUUUGUAUUGAAUAUCUGUUUUCAAGCAGAUACUAAUUGUUAAUUUUUGUACAAAAUAAAGUAUUUUUAUAUUUCAA